GUGCAGGGGGGAGGGGGCGGGGAGCAGUAGCCCAGCCGGGGCUGGGGGCCGAGACGAGGGGUCUCGGGCUGGGAAAUGUGACUGAGGACGGCCGGAGGAGUCGACUAGCCCCUCACCUCCGAGGCCACGACGCGCGGGGACCGCUGAGGGCCACAAGAUAUUCAGAGACCUGGGGAGGGGGCGGGGCAGCGGACAGGGGCGGGGUCGGAGAGGCCCAGGGUCAAGACGUCCGGCCUUCGCGGCCGAAGCCAGGCCGCCCGGUCUCCUCGGCGGCUCUGAACGGGCUGGUGGCGAGGGCUCGGCGCUCCGGGCACACGAACUGGGUCGCAGGAUCGUCCGCCAUCGCCACCUCCGCCGCCGCCGCAGUGGGAGCUGGCAGGGAUGGAGCGGGAGGCGUCGUCGCGGGGCCUCGAGCCCGGGGAUGUGCACGGUCCCGACGCAGUGGGCAGCCCUGAAGGGUCUCUCAAAGGCAACACACGUGAGAAUGAAGAAAGGGAAAUUUCUCAGCAAGAAGGCAAUGGGGACUAUGAAGUUGAAGAAAUACCUUUUGGGCUUGAACCCCAAAGCCCAGAGUUUGAGCCACAAAGCCCAGAAUUUGAAUCCCAGAGCCCCAGGUUUGAAUCUGAAAGCCCAGGGUUUGAAUCCCGAAGCCCUGGGUUUGUGCCCCCAAGCCCUGAGUUUGCACCCAGAAGUCCUGAAUCAGAUCCUCAGAGCCCGGAGUUUGAAUCCCAGAGUCCUAAGUAUGAGCCCCAAAGCCCUGGCUAUGAUCCCAAGAGCCCUGGCUAUGAACCUGGGAGCCCUAGGUAUGAACCCAAAAGCCCAGGGUAUGGUUCGAAGAGCCCCGAAUUUGAAUCUCAAAGCCCAGGGUAUGAAUCCCAGAGUCCUGGGUAUGAACCACAGAACUCUGGAGAUGAAGUUCGGAAUUCUGAGUUCAAAACCCAUAGUCCUGAAUUUGAAACUCCAAGUUCCAAAUUCCAGGAAAGUGCAGAAAUGCUUCUGAACCCCGAGGAAAAGAAUCCAUUGAGCAUCCCUCUAGGAGUUCACCCCCUGGAUUCCUUUACUCAAGGGUUUGGGGAGCAACCCACAGGAGCACUGCCCCUAGGGGCUCCAUUUGACAUGCCUUCGGGGGCUCUGCUGGCCACACCCCAGUUUGAGAUGCUCCAGAAUCCCCUGAAUCUGACAGGAACCCUUCGUGGUCCAGGCCGGAGGGGUGGCCGGGCCAGGGGUGGGCAAGGCCCUCGACCUAACAUCUGUGGCAUCUGCGGGAAGAGCUUUGGUCGAGGCUCGACCCUGAUCCAGCACCAGCGCAUCCAUACCGGUGAGAAGCCUUACAAAUGUGAGGUGUGCAGCAAGGCCUUUUCCCAGAGCUCUGACCUCAUCAAACACCAGCGCACUCAUACAGGCGAGCGGCCCUACAAGUGUCCCAGGUGUGGCAAGGCCUUCGCUGAUAGCUCUUACCUACUUCGCCACCAGCGCACCCACUCUGGCCAGAAGCCCUACAAGUGUCCACACUGUGGGAAGGCCUUUGGCGACAGCUCCUACCUCCUGCGGCACCAGCGCACCCACAGCCACGAGCGGCCCUACAGCUGCCCCGAGUGUGGCAAGUGCUAUAGCCAGAACUCAUCCCUGCGCAGCCACCAAAGGGUGCACACUGGGCAACGACCUUUCAGCUGUGGCAUUUGUGGCAAAAGCUUCUCCCAGCGGUCAGCACUUAUCCCCCACGCCCGCAGCCACGCCCGUGAAAAGCCCUUCAAGUGCCCGGAGUGCGGCAAGCGCUUUGGCCAGAGCUCCGUUCUGGCCAUCCAUGCCCGCACCCAUCUGCCAGGCCGCACAUACAGCUGCCCCGACUGUGGCAAGACCUUCAACCGCUCCUCUACACUCAUUCAGCACCAGCGCUCCCACACAGGCGAGAGGCCAUACCGCUGCGCUGUGUGUGGCAAGGGCUUCUGUCGCUCCUCCACGCUGCUGCAGCACCAUCGCGUGCAUAGUGGGGAGCGACCUUAUAAGUGUGAUGACUGUGGAAAGGCCUUCUCGCAGAGCUCCGACCUCAUCCGCCACCAGCGGACCCACGCAGCCGGCCGCCGCUAACCAGUCACGGGUCGGGGGGAGAUGAUGUGCAGAAGAGAUGGGGUCAGGGAACUUAAACUGCUUAAGAGGAUAGAGGAAAAGCUGGAGGAGAAAAAAGGAUAAAAUAUUCUAGAAGAUGGGUCAGGGUGCAGGAAGUCACAUGCCCUCAAGAAGUAUGAGAACUGGGCUAUGAAGGGGUUGGAGGGAGUUCAGACAGGCAACAGGAAGCACCAGGAGAGAGCCAUGCUGUUUGCAGCAGUGAGCUCUUCAUCUGCGACGCCCUGUUCUGGCAGAGCACUAGAUGGGGAGGGGGGAGGGCAAGGGAGUGGCAAUUAGAGUAGGGUAGCUUAGAUUGGUAGCUGCUGAGACCCUUGUGAAACCAGGAAGAGGGCAAAGGUAGGUAGUUGGGAGGUGAGGCCCAAGAGUAGGGUCUGGACCGCAGAGCAAACCCCAUCCUGCCUUGUCUUCCUCAGGCUUUGGAGCCGUUUGAGUUCAAUAAAACUUUUAUGUGGUAA